AUGAGUGAACAAAAUCAAGCAACUUUUUCUGUUAAUGCAAGUGCCAGAAAUCGAGUAAAAUCACGAACCUGCGUAUUUAUCAACUCUAAUGAUCCCUCAAUAAAAAAUCAAGUGAUUAACAAUCUAAAACCAUUUAUCAAGCCUCCGUUCCCGCCUACAAUCAACCCAUGUGAUUUGAUCACAUUGCUUCCCAAUGGUAAAACUUCCAAAGCACCUAAUGCUUUCCUUGUUUAUAGAAAAGCAUUCAUCGAUGCUGCUAGAAAUGAUGGUUAUUCCCUUCCCAUGACUAUUAUUUCUACUAUGGCCUCUCAAUCUUGGGAGCAAGAAUCAGAGAUCGUUAAAAAUGAAUAUAAACAACUUGCAAAAGAUGCAUUUGAUUAUCGUAACGAGAUUGUUCCAAAAUCUGAACGUAGAAGAAAGAGAGAAAAAUGGAAUAUUAUUUCUUUCUCUAAACCAUCUCGCAAAACUCCAAUUGUUAAAGCUAAAAAAUCCGAUAAUAAGCAAUUUAUUGAAGUACCAUCUCCUCCAAUAUCAUCUCCGGAACCUGAAAUUAACAUUACUUUUAAUAAUACAUUCCAAACUACUGAAUUACCUUUAGAAUUACCUUCAAAUAUGACUCCUGAAUUGUCAUCUAAUCUGGACGUUUUUGCGGAAUGGGCAAAUUUCUUUGACACGCAAAACUUUUUUUCUAGCCCAGAACUUUCAGUUUCUGGAAAUAGUUCGCCCGAAUUAAAUAAUGACUACGAAUUUGAUCUUGGAAUCACUUCUCCCGAAUCGAUGUUCGUUAAUUUUCUUGAUACGCAAAUAAUAGAACCGCAAACUAUUUGCCCUUUGGUUAAUAAUAUGCCAUUAUUUAGUGGUACUCAUAAUCUUGAAUCUUCAAGUGAUAUCGUCUUGAAUAAUUCAUUUAUUGGAGGCCUUGACUUCCAAAAUGAUCUCACGAAUCCGGCUAUCGAAAAAUUUAACUUUUCCGUAAUAUAUCAAAAUAACUUAAAUUCUGUCGCUUCUCGUGAAAUGGGUUUCGAUUAUUCAUUUCCCUUCUAA